AUGGACAAACCGGCCAUCUAUAACGCAAUACUCGGCACCCCCUGGCUCCACGAAAUGAAGGCCGUCGUCUCGACUUUCCACCAGUGCGUGAAAUUCCCGACGCCUCCGGGAUUUUACACCUUGCGUGGAGAUCAAAGAGUGACGCGAUCAUGCUUCCUUCGCGAGCGCAAGCUCCGCACCGCAUCAUCCUUUAUGAUAGCCGAGCCCUCAAACCAACGACCUCGCGAAGAAUCUGAGCCAAUAUUGUACGACGAGACCGACGGACUAACGCAACUAGAUGCAGCCACGACGCUAGGAGAAACGCCGCCUUUCCGAAAGCAAACGCCGAACCCGCCUGGAAAUCCGACUUAA